AUGUCUGCCAGUCGGAAAUUACAGGCGACCAUUGACGUGACUUUGAAAAAAGUCGACGAGGGUAUUGACGAAUUUCAACAGGUGUGGCGAAAAGUUGAGGAAAGUCAAAACCAAAACCAACGGGAGAAAAAUCAAAUUGAUUUGAAAAAGGAGAUAAAAAAAUUACAGCGGUUUAGAGAGGACAUUAUGAAGUGGAUUAAUGGAACGGAAGUCAAGGACAAAGGAAAGCUGACAGAAAGUCGACGAAAAAUAGAGGUGGAAAUGGAACGCUUCAAGGAGUUUGAAAGAGAGAGUAAAACGAAGCCUUUCAGCUUCAUGGGUCUACAAGCUCAGGACAGAUUGGACCCAGCAGAACAGAAACGGAUGGAAACUAGAAGUCGUUUGGAGGAAUAUGUGGAUCAGUUGAAGCAACAAAAUGAUGAAUAUACGGCUGAAAUUGAAAAGAUUGUCGGAGAGGGCGGACGAGAAAAAGGAAAAAAGAAGAAGUCCAAAAGCUCCAAGUUGUCCUCAGCUGACUCCACGCGGGUUGCGGAAUUGAAAAUAUGGAUCGCUCGUCACCAGUGGCACCAGGCCAAGUUGGAACAGUUGAUACGGAAACUAGAUAAUGAGGAGGAUGUUGAUUACGAUGAGUUGGAAAUUACUGAGCAAGCACUAGAUUACUACCUAGAGGAGCACGAGAAUCCCGACUAUUAUCAUGAUGAAGAACUUUACGCGAAUCACAAUUUGGACGAUAACCGUAUCAAUGCUUAUACGAAGCCGAUCGAUGUGGAGGAGAGUGACAACGUUGAUGAGGGGCCGACAGACAGUCAGGAGUCUCAGGAGAGUUCUGAUGAUGAUGGCAAAACUAAAAAGCCGGCCAAGGAAGUUCCUCUGUCGGCUGGGGCUAAGGCAAUGCAGAAGGCUCUAGCGGCUAAGGCGGCUGGGGAGCAACCCCCUUGCAAGAUGCCCCCACGCCCGAGUCUGCCGGCUUUACCGUCAAUAUCGCCUCCCGCUCCGCCGAGCCCGCCAGGGCUUCCUCAGUAUCCUCCACCUCCACUGGGAGAUGAUGUGACGCCGAUUGGCGGUAAGAUUGGGUACAACUUCUACAUCCUCCUCCCCAUCAACAACAGCCCAAGCCGCAUCAGCGAUCCCACCAGGCCUGAAGCGUAG